AUGCCGAACUUGUGUAGUUAUAACGCACAUAUUCAUCACUCUAGUGCUCUUCUGUUAUCGUUAUUUUUUGGUUUUCUGGGGAUCGACCGAAUUUAUCUUGGUUAUUAUGCCAUUGGAAUUAUUAAAAUGUUUUCGUUGGGAGGGUUAUUUGUGCUGUGGUUGGUUGAUGUUGUUCUCAUUGCUCUGCAGCUUCUACUUCCAGCCGAUGGUUCAGGCUAUAUCAUUAAUUAUUACGGCCCACGUGUUACACCUCUCAGGUAUUCGUUUUAUAGAUUUGAUGGAGCGACGAACUAUUCCAUAUACACGUGCGUUGACUGCCUGUAG